AAGUCUCAAGGUUUCAAAUGUACAGACUCUACAGGGAUCAUAUCAUUUCCGCUCUCCAAGGGAGUUAAGACAAAACGAACGCAGAAAACUGGUUGAGACGUUUUGCAAAAAGACUGGACACAAUUUCAUGCCAGACCCUUCUCACAUUAUAGUGAUUCCGUCUCUUAAAGUGCUCUACUGUAUAACACCUAAAGUGGCUUCCAGGCAAUGGAGAGAAAUGCUCUAUUCAUUUUCAAACAUGAGGAAAAGAGCGCUUCUACUAAGUCGGUAUCCUCCCGAGGAGCAAAAGCAAAAGUGGGAAAAGUAUUUCAAGUUUACGUUUGUUCGUGAGCCGUUCGAGCGCAUUCUGUCCGCAUACAAAGACAAGUUCGUUUAUCCAAGAUUUCCCCGCAAAAAACUUCAACUUCACGGCACAGCAAUUCUGAGAACCGUUCGUCCAAACGCUUCCAAGAGCGCACUUGAUAAGCUUGAUGACAUCACUUUUCGUGAAUUCAUUGAAUAUUUAGUAACCAAAGGAAGCAGCAAAAGUACGCCUGUUAUGAAUUGGCACUGGGACAAUUACGUCAACAUAUGUGGAAUGUGUGCCGUCAACUAUGACUUUAUAGGUCAUUACGAAACUUUCGAUCAAGACUUGGCAGAUUUCGAAGAGGCUGCAGGGUUAUCGCCCCAACAGGCAAAGAGAUUCGAUGCUCGAGCUAAUAAUAAAUCCAGUACCGCCUCCUCUAUGCUCAGUUAUUACUCGAAAAUUCCCGUAAAAUGGAUCGAAAUCCUUGGGCGCUUGUACAGUGCCAACUUUGAGAUGUUUGGAUACAAUUUCCCUGGACCUCUUAAGAGUCUCUUUGAACAAAGGAAGAGAUAAUAGUUAGGAUGUGACAGUUUAAUUAUGUUUUAGCUUUUCCGAUCUUUUUUUUUCUUUGAUAAGACGACAUAAUUAACUUUAUGACUAUACUGACCUCUCUUGGUUCAUACGUCCGUUACGUUGGGAUAGUUGGGGAUACGUAAGUCAUCUUUGGGCUAUUUGAGCAGAAUUAAUCGAGAAGUCAUAGCGACUUUGGGAGACGUUUAAUAAUCUAAACUGCAAAUAGAAAGCCAUUAUCUUGUAAGGGAUGUUCCUGUCGAACUGAAAUUUGAGAGCACAUCUUCUUUUCCCAAGCCUUUGUCAAGCUAGAUGUUUGGAUAAAACUUCCUGGGACCUCUGAGAGUCUUUUGAGUGGUGUAAUCACGAUGAACUUGGAAUAUUUGUAAUCACUGACUAGAUGUACUGUUUGAAGUUACUGCUAUUACUAUUCUCAGGUGAAAAUCGCAAAGAGCUCAUAUUUGAAAAAUUCAAUAGAUUUCUUGUUUGAGAUUAUGAAAAUAUGAUGCAUUCAGAAGUUAUGGUGCAGAACUGCUCAGCAUCUGCUCCUGGCAUUCCCCUUACAGUUUGUUUCUUUAGUUUAUUCAUUUAUCAGUCUCAAGACGAUCAAAUCAAAGAAUGUGUAAGACCUCGUAAGUCAACCACUAGUUGAUAGCUAUCCAUAAUAAGCUCGCCGCACUUUCUCUGAAUGUCCCCAACUAUUGAUCAGUACCUAUUUAUUAUACUCCUGGGCGAAAAGACUACACUAUAUAUAAAAGCAGGUUUUCACUACCAAAUAAGAACAAGCAUAAACAUAACGGUAGUGAGGACGUCCACAGCACAAGCAUAAGCACAUGGUAGGGAGGUCGCCCACAACACAAGCAUAGGCACAUGGUAGCGAGCCAGGACGAGCACAACACAAGCACAAGCACAAGCGAAACAGACGUUUUUUAUUUCUUCUAGUGAUUGUGGUUUUCACUAUGACAUAAGAAUAAACUCAAGUAUAGGCAUAGUGGUAGUGACGACGCCCACAACAUAAGCAUACGCGAAAGGACGCUCACAUCACAAGCAUAAACACGUAGCCACGUGCAGAAUGAAAAAUUACAUUUUUUUUUCGGUAAUUACCUCCCCGAUACGGUAAACAGGAUCAGUGGCAGACGAUGUUUAUGCUUUUGCGUACAGCAGGGCGUUGUCACUUGACAUAAGCACAAGCACAAGAAGAACAAAAAACUAUGUUCCUCUUGUGCUCAUGCUUGUGUUGUGCGCGCCCUCACCACACUUAUGCAUGCUCAUGCUUGUGCUUAUGUCGUAGUGAAAAUCAGGCCAUAUA